AGGGAGAGAGAGGGACCGUGUGGGGGGCUGGAGAGGGAGAGAGAGGGACUCCGUGUAUGUGUGAGAGAGAGAGAGAAGGAAGGAAGGAGAGAGACUCCGUGUGUGAGCGGUUCCGGUCUCAGCCCUGGUCCCGUGUGUGAGGGGCUCGGUAUAUGAGGGGUCCCGGUCGGUCUGCACUCGCCGUGAGGGACGCAAUGAGCAAACACAAGGAUUGCGCCGUUACAUCAAUUAUUUUGAAGUACUUGACCGAUCAGAAUCGGCCCUUCAGUGCACAGGAUAUUUUUGGGAAUCUCCAGCGAGAAUACCAUUUUGGGAAAACGGUUGCAGUGAAAGCUCUUGAGCAGCUAGCACAAGAUGGGAAAAUAAAAGAAAAGGUGUAUGGGAAACAGAAAAUCUACUUUGCUGAUCAGAGGCAAUUUACAGCUGUUGGUGAAGCCGAUCUGAAGACACUAGAUAAUCAGAUAUGUGAACUGAGUGAAAAGUUCCAGAAUCUUCAACAGAGCUGUCGUCAAAUGGAAGCAGAACUUAAAGAGCUAAAUAACUCUAUGACAACCCAAGAAAUGUCGGUGGAAAUUGCAGCAUUAAAGCAAGAAUGUGCAUCUCAUCGGGAGAGACUGCAGAAGAUCAAAUCUACAAGCAAUCACGUUACUCCAGAAGAUAAAGAGCAGGUUUAUAAUGAGCGGAAGCAAUACAUAAAAGAAUGGCGGAAAAGAAAGAGAAUGGCAACUGAUUUGAUUGAUGCUGUUCUGGAAGGGUAUCCCAAAAGCAGGAAGCAGUUCUAUGAGGAGGUUGGGAUAGAAACUGAUGAAGAUCACUCCAUUGCUGUACCAGACUUGUGAAGGAAACAAACCAUGUGUUCAGUAGAGAACUGGCAGUCAAACUCCUACAAGGUCUGAUGUAGUUAUUAAUGACUGUAUCUGUAUACCUUUUCCAUCCACAAGUCAUUUUUAAUUUAGUUCACUCAAUGCAUCCAGCUGUUUGUGACUUUCCUGGGACUGGUGGCUCCUGCUGCAGAAUCCUUAAGCUUUGAGUAGAAAUUAUUGUGAAAUCUGUUCAUUUCCAGAGUUUUGCUUGUUUGCUUUCUUUUUGAUUUGUAUUCUCCAUAUGACCAUGUAAGGACCAGGAGUUUCAUUCAAGUUUUUACUGUUGUGAUUUAAAGUGGAAUACAAGAACAGGAGUAGACCACCUGGCCCUUUGAAUCCGUUCAUCAAGAUUGUGCUGAUUUUCUACCUCAGCAUCAUUUUCCUGCACUACCCUCAUUUCCCCAACUCCCUUAAUACCAUAAAUGUAUUAAUCUUGGUUUCAUUAAAUACAAUGACAGUUUCCACAACUCUCGGAUACAAAGGAGAAAUUUCUCAUCGCCAUCCUAAAAGCAGUACAUCUCUUUCUGAAAGUGUGACCCUUAGCUACCUAGCCAGGAGAAAAAUCCUCCAUGCGUCAUCUGAGGAGCCCUGUUGGAAAUGAGUACAUUUUAGUGGGAAGGUAACUUGCUGAUGCUUCACCUGCAGUUCAGAAACCAUUGUUUUGAAUUUUGAUUUGCAGACUCUGCUCGAGUUCUGUGGACUUCAGCUUUGGGUGGCUGUUGUACCUGACAUCCUGGCACAACAUCCAAUGCUGGUUGAAAAAGUAUAAAUAUAAAACUCCAGAGAGAGCUUUUAUAAAUGAAAGUAGUGCAAGGAUUUCCUUGCUGGGAUCUUGAUCAACCAUUUGAUCAACAGUGAUGGAGCUUAGUAUGGGGUGCAGGCUACUUGAUAAUCUUAUCUGAUGGUUUUUGUGUUUUUAGAAAUGUUUCUGUGGAGCUGAUUAACUGAUAAGUAUAUUAAAUGUUUAUGUUCAUUUGAAAAUAA